CUGAAGAUAUGAGGUCUUCCUUGUCACACGAUGCCAUCCACUCGUCCAGCGUCGAAGCUUCGGGCAGUGGUGACGCUCUCAAAGUCCGCCAUCCGUCCAAGUCUGGUGUCGAGACCUACAACGAGACCAUUAGCUUACCUGGAUAUGGAGGAGAGUCCGGAGGAUCCGUGGACUCGAUCUCCCUGGCCAAAGACGGGACUCAUCGGCGUCUGAAGUCCCGUCACAUUCAACUUAUUGGUAUUGGAGGUACCAUUGGUACCGCGCUCUUCGUCUCUAUCGGAAAUGGUCUUCUCAAUGGUGGUCCUGCUAGUCUUUUCCUGGCAUUCAGUAUAUGGUGCUCUUUCAUUCUUGCUGUCACUAUAAGUACUGCCGAAAUGGUCACUUAUCUCCCUAUCUCGUCACCCUUCAUCAGAUUCGCCAGUCGGUACAUGGACGAAGCUAUGGGCUUUGCAGCGGGCUGGAACUUCUUUGUGUUCGAGGCAAUUCUGNNUCUGAUCAACCUCCUCACUGUUGAAUGGUAUGGCGAGACCGAGUUCUGGGCAGCUCUCGGAAAGGUCUUGCUGAUCGUCGGUAAGCUUAUACGAUCUUGCGUGUUUCCCGACUUGGUUUUGAUACUCUCUNNAGGUCUCAUCGUCUUCACUUUCAUUGUCAUGUUGGGCGGUAAUCCACUCGGCGAAAGAUUUGGCUUUAGAUAUUGGAACAACCCUGUAAGUACGAAAUCCAGAACCGGCAAACCUGUGCUAAUCCGAUCUUUUUGUCAANNGGGAUCUUUUGCUCAACUAUACUAUGGGGGACAACUUGGCUACUUCCUUGGCUUCCUUCAAUGCUUCAUACAGGCUUCAUUCACUAUUGCUGGACCAGACUAUGUCAGUAUGGCGGCUGGUGAGGCCGAGAACCCACGUGUCGUCAUGCCCAAAGCAUUCAAGGCCGUCUUCUACCGUCUGACCGCUUUCUUCAUGCUCGGCUCUCUCUGCGUCGGUAUUCUAGUUCCAUACAACGACAAGGAGCUUAUAGCUGCCACUACUGCCGGCCUUCCUGGCGCAGCAGCCUCACCCUACGUCGUGGCCAUGAAUCGUCUACGCAUCAGAGUGCUUCCUGAUAUCGUCAAUGCUAUGGUUUUGGCGAGCGCUUUCUCGGCUGGUAACAGCUACGUCUAUUGCGCAUCUCGCUCCCUCUAUGGUCUCGCCCUCGAAGGCAAGGCACCCAAGAUACUCACCCGCACCACGCGCCGAGGUGUGCCCAUCUACUGCACUCUCGUCGUUCUGUGUAUCGCACUCCUCGCCUUCCUGCAAGUCAGUGCCAACGCCGCCACCGUGCUCAAAUGGUUCAUCAACUUGGUGACUGCAUCCCAACUCAUCAACUACGCGGUCAUGUGCAUGACCUUCAUCUUCUGGAAGCGCGCUUGCGAUGCGCAAGGAUUUGAUCGCAACAACCUACCCUUCAAAGGAUGGGGCCAGCCUUACCUUGCCUGGUAUGGUUUCGUCGGCUGCAUCAUCAUGGCCUUUGUAGGAGGAUACUCUGUAUUCCUACCUGGCAAGUGGGAUGUUCCGACUUUCAUCUUCAGCUACUUCAUGAUUGGACUGUUCCCCAUCCUGUUUGUUGGGUGGAAGUUGAUCAAGAGGACAAAGUGGACCCGUGCGGUUGACGUUGACCUCAGAGGUGAGGUUGACGAGAUUGAGGAGUACCAGGCUACUUUUGUNGCC